AUGGAGUCCGUAUGUUAUGAACUACAUCAUCACAAUGCAGCAAUAUUCGAAGCAGUGACGAAACCCACGCAGCCGGGACCACAUGAGGACGAGGCCCAUCUACUCUCCGGAGAGGCGAACAAUGAGCUCUGGUGCUUCACCCGGCCUAGUUAUCGCAACAAAAUACCUCACAUUAUCCUCCAUUGCAAUAAUUGCCUAUGACGCAAUUUUGUCAUUUGAAAUCGAGCGCAUUACAUUAUGGAGGUCGAGAACAUCAGCACUAAAGGUUGCAUAUGUCUUGUAUCGAUAUCUUGUGAUGGCUGUAUCACUUCUCUCCUUCAUAUCUAUUACAGCAGGUAUAUUUAAUGAAGCAAGAUGUCAGAGGAUUGUCAAGAUUAUCAGUAUUGUCAUGUUUUCUGCUGAUGCUAUCGGCCACGCCCUAGUAAUUUUCCGAACUUUCAUGCUUUGGGGUCGUAGGACAACUGUUCUUCGGCUUAUGUUCAUCGGAUCCUUCAUUGCAAACAGCAUUGCACUUUCUUUUCUAGUACUGACUGUCAGAGACUUCUCAAAGAAUCAAGUCCUAGCUCCAGCCCCAACCAUGCACACUUGUGCUGCAAUUGUGAAUCCCAGAUUUCUACUUGGUAUCUGGCUACCACAAGUGGUAUUUGACAUUUAUGUUACCAUACUUGUCUUGUUAAACGCCAUGGACCAACCUCGACUUUCCAAUAAGGAACUUAUGGAAAUUGCAAUUAAGGAUGGCUUAUUUUUGAUUCUUGUAACAUGGGUACUUCGAAUGGUAAAUGCUAUGUUAUGCACAACCGACAAUGAACUGCUGCCAUUCAUCAGCAUAUCUUUCGUCGAGGCACUGAUCACAGUGAUUAACUUACGGCUCUUAUUGCACAUAUUCCAGUCAGAAGACAUGAAUAGGAUUGGCCAGCGCGACAGUAGUAUGGAACUCGCUUUGCUCCUCAAGCGUGGUAGUUGCAGGAAGGAAGGAAUGGGCCACGCCUGACAUUUCAUGGCUUUCAUCACGACAUAAAAUGUAUUUGUUUUGCUUUGUUGAACUCACCUUGUAGAAUACAACGCGAUCUUCAUUCCUACUACCACUGUUCCUCAGGGUAGGUUUUUAAGUUUUGUACACCAUUGAAAUAUACAUCAGUGCUAUU